CGGAAACGCGCGCUGUCUGCCUCAGACUCUUUCCUCCAGACACGUCGAGCGAGGGCGCACACCCGCGUCGAUGCUCGCCUGGCGACGCUGAGAAGAGAACGAGGAAAACCGAGACGGUUCUGUCGAGAAAAACUGUGCGGAGAGAGAAGAGGAAGUCUCGGAAGGCGAACUCAAAAUGCUGCUCCCUUCCUUCUCCCGUUUCUGAAACCUUUCUUCUCGCCUGUGCACCAAGACAGCAGGAAAAAAGCAACUCGCGCGCCGAGGGAGGCAGAAGACCUGAGGCGGAACAGCUCCGCGAAAAAUGCACCUCAAACGAGGAAAUUUCUCCUCGACGGCAAAGGGCAAUCUGCUGAGGCGACGCGCUUCACAUCCUCUCUCUCGCUGUGUACGUACACCGCACUGCCGUCCUCGACGACCUCGGAUGGUUUCCCGCCUCGUUUCUGCCGGCUUCUGCUGCUCUUCGAGUCUCUUUUUUCUCUCUUCUCUGCCCGAUUUUCUUCUUCUCUCUUCCUUGAUCUUCUGCCUUCUUCUUCUCCUCCUCCACCGUUUCGACUUGCUGUCUUCCAGGCUCCUGCGUAACAAGCGAAGGUCGAGGAGACGAAGCUCUCGACUUCUUCCUCGACAGAAAUCCUGCGGCACAGGCAGUCUCUGCACAACCUCUCCUUUUUGCCUGUCUGCAGUGGCGGUGAAACAGAGGUGACAGAGAUUGGAAGAACUCGCCCACGGUCUUGAAGCUGCUGUCGUCGUCUCCC